UGCCCUGGCGACUGCAGUGGACAUGGAGUCUGCUCGUCUGGGGUGUGUCAGUGCGACAAUCUCUACGGAGCAGUCGACUGCAGCAUGAAGGAGAGCUGCCCGAGUGGUUGCUCGGGUCACGGAACUUGCAACGAGCACAACGCCAAGUGCACAUGCUCCCCUGGGUGGAGCGGAGACGCCUGCUCGAUCUUCUCCUGC